CCGUUAAUUGACGGAAAUGGUACUCCGUUGUACUGGGUAGGUGCGAAAGAGAAACUCAGCUCAUUUUUUUCAGUAUAAAAAAGGGGGAAAUCGGUAAAGAGUGUGAUCAUCAUCAUCGUUACAUUUCUCCAAAACUCCAUUUUUGUUAUUGUUAUUCUUCUUGUUUAGAGUGUAUCUUGUAUGGCCGCCAAUUUGCAGAGCCGUGGACUCGUGAACUUGGGGAAGCGAGUUGUUAAUCAGAUCAGCUACGCUAGUGCCAGAACUUCUGCUAACUCACCUUCCCUCUCUGCAAGGAGGGGAGUGCAGACAUCGGUGUACGACAAGAACCCUGAGGAUCAUGUGCGUGAUACAUUUGUGCCAGAUGAAGUGAUAGAGGCACCAUCGGAUAAGUACUGGGCUCCUCACCCACAAACUGGGGUGUUUGGGCCAGCAGCCACUGAUUCUGCUGGCACGGAGCGAGGUUUCCACUCCUCACCCACCACUGCUGGGUCCAUUUUGGAGCAGAAGACCUUCUUCCGCCCCCUCGAGGACUUGGAAAAGCCUGCGGUUAAUUAAUUAAUUCAUAUCACCUACUUAAGUAACUCCUCUACAACUAUAUAUAGCGAGUAUUAGUAAUAAGCUGUUUGCUUUGUGUUUAUGCUAGUCUGUAUUGUAUCAGGUUUUAAGGUGCAGUUUAGACUAUUAGCAGUACUAAAGCUGCAUUGCUUUUGAAGAUUCAUAUGGUAAUGUAAUAUGGAUGUCUUUUGCUAUGGUUACGUUUACGUAACUGAUGAUCUAUGCUACAAUAUUCUUAUGAACUUUUUGCUUUUA